AACUAAAGCCCGGAGGAGGAAGAGGAGAAGCCGUCGCUUUCUUGUUUCAUUUCUCGGACUUGUCGCUGGUGGUUUAUGGGAUCGUCAUUAUGUCCAUGAAGCAGAGCGGUAAUAGCAGGAAGCCCGGCGGGAGCAGUGUGCCGGCGCCCGGAGGAGGUGGAGGAGGAGGCAGGCAGAACAUGGGCAGAGGACGAAGCAGUGUUAAAGGACCUCCCCAGUCCAUUUCUUUUGAUGGAAUCUAUGCAAACAUGAGAAUGGUCCACAUUCUUACUUCAGUAGUUGGAUCCAAGUGUGAGGUACAUGUAAAAAAUGGAAGUGUGUAUGAAGGGGUUUUUAAAACCUAUAGUCCUAAGUGUGACUUAGUUCUUGAUGCAGCUCACAAGAAAAAUAAAGACUCUGCUGGUGGGCCAAAGCGUGAAGACAUCGUGGAUAGUAUAUUAUUCAAGUCUUCCGAUUUUGUGAUGGCACAGUUUCCUGACAUGGAUGGGAAUUAUGCAAGAAGAGAUGGCUUUACGGAUUCUGGUAUAGCUUCUAAAGUAAAUGGCGAACAUAAAGAGAAAGACCUGGAGCCAUGGGAUGGGGGUGAUGGCCUCCUUAGUAGCAAUGUAUCUACUAAUAAUGAUGAGCUGGAAUCUUUAGAUACAGAUGUAUCUAAUGGUUGGGAUCCCAAUGAAAUGUUUCGCUACAAUGAAGAAAAUUAUGGUGUAGUAUCCACUUACGACAGCAGUCUUUCCUCGUAUACAGUGGCUUUAGAAAGGGACAAUUCUGAAGAGUUUUUAAAGAGGGAAGCACGAGCAGCUCAAAUAGCUGAAGAGAUUGAGUCAAGCUCUCAAUAUAAAGCCCGUGUUGCCUUGGAAAAUGAUGACAGAUCUGAGGAGGAUAAAUAUACUGCUGUUCAACGUAACAUGUGUGACCGAGAUGGACAUUCAGUGACUUCUAGGGAAAAUAAAUAUGUUCCUCCAGGGCAGAGAAGUAAGGAUGGCAUGUCAUGGAGUAGCCAUAGUGUAAGGCAGAAUUCACCAAGGAUGGGUCAGUCUGGAUCUGGACCUAUACCAUCAAGAACUGGAUCACAUUCUUCAGAGUACAGUCCCAGUUCUGGAUCUGACCAAAGAGUGGUUAAUGGAGGUGUUCCCUGGCCAUCGCCUUGUCCAUCUCCUUCCUCCCGCCCACCUUCUCGCUACCAGUCAGGUCCCAACUCUCUUCCACCUCGGGCAGCCACCCCUACAAGGCCGCCCUCCAGGCCCCCUUCGCGGCCAUCAAGGCCACCGUCUCACCCCUCUGCUCAUGGUUCUCCAGCUCCUGUCUCUACUAUGCCUAAACGCAUGUCUUCAGAAGGACCUCCAAGGAUGUCUCCCAAGGCACAGCGGCAUCCCCGACCUCAUAGAGUUUCUAAUGGCAGGAGCACGAUGUGUGGAGGCCUUGAGUUUGUUUCUCGCAAUGAACCUGGCGAAGUGUCUGCUCCACCUAUAGCUCGCAAUAACUCUUCGGGCGGCACGUGGUCAUCUGUUGUGAGCGGGGCGCAAAGACUUUCUCCGAAGACUCACCGGCCCCGAUCUCCAAGACAAAGUGCCAUGGGUGGUGGUUCUACAGUACCACCUCUGAACUCUCCUCAGGCUGGUUCUAUUGCGCCUGAAUCUGUAGCUGUGCCUGUACCCACUGGAUCGCCAACACCUGCAAGCCCAGCUUUAAAUAGAGCAGUUACCCCAUCUUGUGAAGCUAAAGACUCUAGGUUACAAGACCAGAGGCAAAACUCACCAGCUGGAGGUAGAGAGGUCAUCAAGCAAAGUGACUCUUCUAGCUUUAGCAAACCCGAAAACAAAGCAAUACCGCCAAUGGCUUCAGAACAAAGGAAGCAACUGGAUGAUUUAAAGAAGUUUAAAAAUGAUUUUAGGCUACAGUCUAGUUCAAGCCCAGAUGCUGUUGAUCACAUUCUUGGAAAAAGUCGUGACGGUGUGGAGAAGCCAAGAGAACUUCUGAAGGAAAAGCCAGAUUCAAGUUCCAAGGAGUCAGCUAGUGAAAGUGGCAGCAAUGCACCUACAAGUAACAGCAGCAGCAAGCCGAGUAGUCCUAGCAUCUCCCCAUCCAUUAGCAGUAGUAGCUCUGAACCCAAGAGAGGCCCAGAGGUUACAUCACAGGGUGUACAAACCUCUGGCCCCGGCAAGCAGGAUCGGGAUGAUAAGGAUGACAAAAAAGAAAAUGCUGCUGAACAAGUGAGAAAAUCCACUCUGAAUCCCAAUGCUAAGGAGUUCAACCCACGGUCAUAUGCUCAGCCUAAACCUUCCACAACACCAACCUCACCUCGACCACAAGCUCAGCCAAGUCCUUCAAUGGUGGCUCAUCAACAGCCAACCCCGGUAUACACACAGCCAGUAUGUUUUGCACCAAAUAUGAUGUAUCCAGUUCCUGUAAGCCCUGGUGUGCAGCCAUUAUAUUCAAUUCCAAUGACGACAAUGCCAGUUAAUCAGGCCAAGACAUACAGAGCAGGUAAAGUACCAAAUAUGCCCCAGCAGAGACAGGAUCAGCAUCACCAGAACACAAUGAUGCAUCCAGUGUCUGCAGCAGGACCUCCUCUAGUUGCUACAUCACCUGCCUAUUCUACACAGUAUGUUACUUAUAGCCCGCAGCAGUUCCCUAGCCAGCCUCUCAUGCAGCAUGUGCAACACUAUCAAUCGCAGCAUCCACAUGUAUAUAGUCCUGUAAUUCAAGGAAAUUCCAGAAUGAUGGCUCCUCCAGCACAUGCACAGGCUGGGUUAGUGUCUUCAUCAGGUGCACAGUAUGGAGCUCCAGAGCAAACACAUGCUAUGUAUGUUUCUACCAACUCACUAGGUCAGCAGUAUGCCCACCCAAGUGCUGCUCUUCAUGCUCACCCCCCUCAUCCUCAGCCUUCAGCAACCCCCACUGGACAGCAACAGUCUCAGCAUGGGGGUAGUCACCCAGCACCAAGCCCAGUUCAGCAUCAUCAGCAUCAUCAGGCAGCCCAGGCUUUACACCUAGCUAACCAGCAGCAACAGUCUGCAAUUUACCAUACUGGACUUGCCCCUACACCACCUUCAAUGAACCCAGGCUCCAAUGCACAGUCCCCACAAAACAGCUUCCCCACUCAGCAGACUGUGUUCACCAUCCAUCCCUCCCAUGUCCAGACUGCCUAUACCAACGCAUCUCACAUGGCUCAUGUGCAGCAGGCUCAUGUACAGUCAGGAAUGGUCCCUUCCCAUCCAACAGCUCAUCCUAUGAUGCUUAUGACAGCACAACCACCAGGGGGUCCUCAAGCUGCUCUAGCACAGAGUGCUUUACAGCCCAUUCCUGUUUCUACAACUGCACACUUUCCCUAUAUGACACAUCCUCCAGUGCAAGCACAUCACCAACAACAGCUGUGAAUCUGGAGCUUCUGUGAAAAGGCUGGAACCCUUUUGUAGGCCAAAAAUUCUCCCACUUUCUGCUUCCCUCCAGUGGAAGUCCCAGCAUCUAGAAUUUCCCAGUUUUGUCUAAAAAUAAAUAAAUCGUGAUUUCUGCUAACCUCCAUUAGGAAUGCUAACUGAUCAUCUUGCAGUGGGAAAGAUUUGAACUGCGUACAGGCAUGUAGGAAUUUGCAGGCUACACUGCAUCGAUCCUCCAAAAUCCCAAACUUUGCUUGCUGAUAACUGGAAGUUAUUUAUUUUUUAAGGCCCUUCUAAGUUAUGAACUCAUCAGCUAGCGAAGGAAAUAACACGAGUGAUUCUUGCUGCUAUCUUCACCUUUAAAAACAAAAAAAA